UUCCCACUUCCUUUCACACACAGUUUUUUUCCCUAGUGCCAAAGCAUCAAUAAAAGAAACUUUUGCUCACAGUAUCCGUGAAUAUACACAGUUUAAAUCGAUAACACAUGCACAAACAAACUAGUUUGUGGAUUGUAGCACGCUUCUGCUCUCUGCUGAGAGCCCGGGUGGGUUUAAAGGUUUUGACGGACAGUGAAGUGGAAACCCCACCCCCGCGCGUCCGCUGGAUAACGCGGUGUCCCGGACUGGAUCAUCCAGCUUCAAACUGAUAUUUAAUGUUUUUCUUGACACGAAUCGAAGCAAAUUCACACGUUUGCAUAGCAGUUACAUUUAAAUGUGUCUCUGCAUAGCUUUACUGCUUUAUAACACAUGCGUACAUUAAUGCGUAAAACCUGUGCUUGAUAAUGCUCUCGGGCACCAAUAAUAAACAUUAUAGGUAAUAUUGGGAAAGAUGAGCAGAAGAUGCAUAAUGCUUGUAUUUUAUAUUGAUUUAUUUCCCGUGUCACAAAUAAAUGAUGCAAGUCGCAUGUAACAGCACUAGUGUGGAACGCGUCUUGGAGUAAUCCGUUCCGCGUUUUCCUUCGGCUCUAACUGGAUGAUUUGUGUGUAUACGGCGCACACGGGGCUGAUAGAGGAGAGAGACGGGCAUGGAUCCGUAGCUCUCGCGGCUUUCUGUCUCGUUUCCCGGGACUCUCGUUCUGCAUACCGCGCAGCGCGAGCUUCGGGUCGUGCAUGUUACAUUUGAAUGAGAGCAGGAACGCACAGCGGCGGGAAACAAAGGCGCAUGCAAAGGGAGCAAGCUGGCUGCGCGGCGGGGGAUGCACGGGCACAAUAGGGAAGACCACACUCUUCUGCUUUAGGAGGACAGUGUUGCAAUAACAUUUCCCCCCAGACAGACGAGCCUCGCAGCGGGAAGCAGGAAUUUGAAGCCGGACUUUACUUUUCUGUGAACAUGAUGACGGGACGUUUAGGGAUCCUUUUUUGAAAGCGCGUCAGUCAGAAGAGCGCACCUGGCACCGCAAAUGGAUUUUGUGCACAUCACAGCGAUUUUAUGAGACGCAACUUCUUCAACACCGAACUAAGAUUAUUGUUAUGUGCUCUGGGAGUCAUCAGCUGUGAGUGAAAUCACACUAGAAACGUGAAUUCAUUUACUUGGAUUUGGUUUCUGAAGAAUGUACUUACUUGAUUCUAAUUAUCCGGAAAGGAUGGAGCGGGGCACGCCACAAAGAAAAACCGUGUAUCGGAUAUCUUUGACAUUAGUGAAGAAAGAAAAUCUGCAGGAUGGCGGAGGCUCGGCGCACCGGCGGCUGGAGAACCCGAAAGUGAGCGCGUACCGGCGGGAGGGCGCCUCUGAGGCUCCGCGGAGCUCCCCGCUGGAAGAGCUGAUAGAAGUGGAGGAGGAGUCGGACGAAUUUUCUACGCACUCGUACAUGAGGAACUUCAGGACCUUUAGUACUGGACAUCUUGAGUUGGGCAGGUUGAAAAUUUCCAGGAGGGCGCAGCAUUCACAUAAAGACAGAGAAUUCAAUGAAACUUGCAUCCUGCCAGAGAACGGACAGAAGAAGGUUGUUGAAAAUGGGGCACCCGAGCACAAAAGGGCAGAAGAUGCAGCUGAAAGUGACAGAUUGAAGCGUGGAGAAAUCUGCAGCACUCCUGCUGCUAAUGGAAAAAACACAGAUAUUAAAAAGAAAACCCUCAAGACCUCCCGAAGCACUGAGGAACCGGUCAGUACGUGGUCAGAUGAGACCUCUGAGGAUGCCAAAGCUGGCAGAACGGCCAAGGAGAGCUGCAUCUCCUCUUUGCUGGCUAAAGGCAACGGGAAGUCACCCAAGCCAGCACCUCAAACCCCUCCAGCGAAGAGGCACCCAAGCCUGCUGCGGCGAAGUUUCAGCUUUCGCCACUGGACGGGCGGAGAGUUGAUCCGCAUACGGGCGCUCUCCAAACACCACAGCAGCUCGGGCUGCAUAGGCCAGGAUGGAGAGGAGAGUCAGGCCCAAGCCGGCGUGGUCCUUCAAAACAUGGCUUUCACCGAGUCGGAGUCCGCUGAGAAGCGAAACACUUUGGAUGUGGGUGAGGUUCUGAGCAAAACCGACUCCGUGACGGAGCUGGGCCGCAGGGAGAGGAUGAAGGGCAAGAAUCGCACAUUGGACAACAGUGACCUUCUCAAGCUGUCGGAUAAAUCUUUGGCGGACAAGGAGGGUUUUAUUAGAGGGACGGGCUCCCGUUCCAGCGGGCAGGAGCGCAAACUUAUUCGAUUUUUCAGCGGUAUCUUCUCAAAGCGAGAUGGGACGUCUACGCCGCUUGGCAGCCCCAGUAAUCGGGCUCUCCGGAAAAACGGCCUGCUGGGAACUCAGCGGAGAUCUGAAAUGGGCUACUCUCAGUCCAGCAGUGAGAGUGUUAAUGGAUGCACACUGGACGAUGCCUUUGUCAACAGUCAGGAGUGGACGCUCAGUCGCUCAGUACCGGAGCUCAAAGUGGGCAUUGUGGGUAACUUGGCCAGUGGGAAGUCUGCACUGGUGCACCGGUACCUGACGGGGACGUAUGUGCAGGAAGAAAGCCCUGAAGCUGACGUGGACGCAGGAGGGCGUUUUAAAAAGGAGAUCGUUGUGGAUGGACAAAGUUACCUCCUCCUAAUCAGGGAUGAAGGGGGACCUCCGGAGGCUCAGUUUGCAUUGUGGGUGGAUGCGGUGAUAUUUGUGUUCAGUCUGGAAGAUGAGAUCAGCUUUCAGACGGUCUACCACUACUAUAGUCGCAUGGCCAACUACCGCAACACAGCAGAGGUGCCCCUGGUGCUUGUGGGAACUCAGGAUGCAAUCAGUGCAGCUAACCCCCGUGUCAUCGAUGACACUCGCGCUCGCAAACUGUCCAACGACCUGAAGAGGUGCACGUAUUACGAGACCUGUGCUACCUACGGCCUCAACGUGGAGCGCGUCUUCCAGGACGUGGCUCAGAAAAUAGUUGCAUCCCGGAAGAAACAGCAACUCUCAAUCGGACCCUGUAAGUCACUGCCCAAUUCUCCAAGCCACUCCUCCGUCUGUGCAGCACCUGUUUCUGCAGUGCAUAUAAGCCAGACCAGUAAUGGUGGAGGCAGUUUGAGCGAUUACUCCUCUUCCGUGCCCUCCACUCCCAGUACCAGUCAGAAGGAACUGCGUAUCGAUGUACCCCAAACUGCCAACACGCCUACGCCCGUCCGCAAACAGUCCAAACGGCGCUCCAACCUCUUUACGUCUCGGAAGGGAAGCGAACCAGACAGGGAGAAGAAAGGGAUGGAUGGCCGUGCAGACAGCAUUGGAAGUGGCCGCGCUAUCCCAAUUAAACAGGGCAUGUUACUGAAAAGAAGCGGCAAGUCACUGAACAAAGAGUGGAAGAAGAAAUAUGUCACGCUCUGUGACAACGGAGUCCUCACGUAUCAUCCCAGUCUGCAUGAUUAUAUGCAGAAUGUUCAUGGGAAGGAGAUCGACCUGCUUCGCACUACAGUGAAAGUUCCAGGGAAGAGGCCCCCGAGGGCCAUCUCCACAUGUGCGGCCCCCAGUCCCAAAACCAAUGGGAUGACCAAGGACAUGAGCAACCUGCAGCUUGGACAGACACCAGGCUCUGUGACCAGUAGUUCUUCUGCGUCUCAGAUGGCAAGUGGCAUCAGUCUGGUGUCGUUUAACAGUCGGCCAGACGGGAUGCAUCAGCGCUCGUAUUCUGUAUCCAGCGCUGACCAAUGGAGUGAUGCCACAGUCAUCGCCAAUUCAGGAAUCAGCACGGAUACCAGUCUGGGAGAUUCUGUGUGCUCCAGUCCUAGUAUAUCCAGUACCACCAGUCCAAAGAUGGAUCCGCCCCCAUCGCCCCACGCCAACCGCAAAAAACAUAGGAGAAAGAAGAGUACCAGUAACUUCAAGGUGGACGGCUUCUCUGGAGCUGCAGAAGAACAAGAGGACAACUUUGAGUUCAUCAUUGUUUCUCUGACGGGACAGACCUGGAAUUUUGAGGCAACGUCCUAUGAGGAGCGGGACGCAUGGGUUCAGGCCAUUGAGAGCCAGAUCCUGGCGAGCUUGCAGUCCUGCGAGAGCAGCAAACAGAAGUCUCGUCUGAGCAGCCAAUCAGAAGCCAUCGCACUGCAGUCGGUCAGGAACAUGAGAGGAAACACACGCUGUGUGGAUUGUGAAGCUCAGAACCCUGACUGGGCCAGUCUGAACCUGGGGGCUUUGAUCUGUAUCGAAUGUUCAGGCAUUCAUCGGAACCUGGGUACUCACCUGUCCCGUGUUCGCUCUUUGGACCUGGACGAGUGGCCUCUGGAGCUCAUCAAGGUCAUGUCUGCCAUCGGCAAUGAGCUGGCUAAUAGUGUGUGGGAGGCCAAUGCUCAAGGACGCCUAAAGCCUGCUCCUGAUGCCAGCAGAGAGGAACGUGAGCGCUGGAUCAGGGCCAAAUACGAGCAGAAGUUGUUUUUGGCAUCGCUGACGUGCACAGAGCUGUCUCUAGGACAGCAGCUACUGCGGGCCACAGCGGAGGAAGACCUGCGCUUCGUGGUCAUACUGCUGGCGCACGGCUCUAGAGAUGAGGUCAACGAAACCUGCGGGGAAGGUGACGGCCGGACAGCCCUGCACCUGGCCUGCCGCAAGGGGAAUGGUGUGAUCACGCAACUGCUCAUCUGGUACGGCGUGGACAUCAUGGCACGGGAUGCUCACGGCAAUACGGCACUGGCGUACGCGCGGCAAGCCAACAGUCAGGAGUGUAUGGACAUCCUCCUUCAGUACGGCUGUCCCGACGAGCGUUACCCGCUCAUGGCCACGCCCAACCUGUCACGCAGGAACAAUAAUCGCAAUAACAGCUGCAGCAGCAUGAACAGUGCAGUUAUAUGAGAAAUAAAACAGAAAAACACUCACAUACACACCUUCAUAUGUCCCGCUCCACCACUGCAUCAGAAUCAUGAAACUACACCAGACUCAAGGGAAUGACCCCAACACUGAUGAUGAUGAUGAUGAUGAUGAAGAGCUACUGUGUUUGCACUCACAGCCUCCCCUUGCCUCUUGUGAAACGGUCAGCACCCUGACUUUACAAUCCCUCUGGUGGAAAACAUUGUCAUGGCCAGUCAUAGGUCAUCUAUUUUUUUUUGGGAGAGUGCCCCAUGUCCAAUGUCUCACUGCAUCGUGGAACAAAAAUUAAAACAACCCUGGAUUCUGCUUUUCUGACUGCGCCAGUUUAAGCUACCAAGUGCAUGAUGGGAGAAUAGGGUGCGUGUGUAUGAGAAAGCAAGACAUGAAACGAUGGGAUAUCUUCAAAAUGACCCAGAAGUCCCAGAGAACUUCACUUGGUCACCGUGUGUGUCUGGACUUUCAUCUCACCACUUUGAUGACACUGGUUUUUCUGUCCGUUCUCUCUCUCUCUCUGACUUUUUCUUUGCAUCUAUUCGGACUCUUUUUCAGCCAGUAUGUCCAUUAUGUCUUUUUUUUUUUCUUCUGCAUUUUAAAGGAAUGUGAAUAAUGACAUUGACGGAAACACCCAAAUAUUGAGUCGUACAUUUGAAGUUUGGAUCUGACAUGGUCUUUUUUAACCUUUUUUAUUUGAACGUUAUUGAGUAGCAUUUGUUUUAGUGCGCAUUACUGGACCAACGGAAGUGUUUUAAGAUUUAACUUUCUCAGAAGCAAAAGGGAAUUGCAUUUUUUUUUACUUUGCAUUUCUUUUAUUUAGCAAAUUUUUAAUCUUUAAGCACGUCAAACUAGCCUUAUAUGUUGCCCAUUCGUCAGCUUACAGCGAAGUGUGCAGACACAGAUUCAGAUGAACCUCAUCAUCAAUAAAUCCACCGCUAUGCUUUUCCUAGUUUUUAAGACCGUAAUAUCACGGGUAGGUUGGUUGCUUCGACUCUCGGCACAGAAUAUCACACAAAUGCAGGACUUUUUUUGUAAUGCAAACGACUGAAAUCUGCUCUCAGGUCAUCUCUGUCUGUUGCUCUUCACACACUUCACACCUAAAGUCCUAAACCUCAUGUAUCUCAAUGAAGAGAAGGACUCUCUGGGCCUUCAAUCCCAAUCUGUACAUACUACUUCCUGCUCUAUCUCUCAUUCUAUUUUUUCUCUAAGUAGUGUACUAUAUAGAAAGUAUUUGAAGAAAACACUCCCCCUGACAUGAGCCUGAUAUUUUUACCUGUUUCAGUGCAGGUUUAGGUGUCUGAAAGUGUGCCUGUUUGAGUCGAGUUCACACUUCAUAGCUUAGUUUUCCUCCUCACCUUUAUAUUCUUCCUUUUAUUGUGUGUCAAGGAGUAUUAAAGCAAUACGAAGCCAAAAUUCAGCCAGGUUAGACACACAAGUAAUAAUUUCUCUCCGCUUUCUCGGACGUCACCCCAGCGGUCUGAGGUGCCGUUGUUAUUGAGAGACGUAAAGCCGACGUAAGACUCUGUCUCAGGGCGUAUAUAUAUCAUUACAGAAGAUCCCAUGCAGGGUUUGAUAUUGACUUACUCCAUAAUAUGGGCUUUGAUCAUUUAAUCUCAGCUUCCAUUGAUUUUAGGUAGUAGAAAUGUGAAGGUACUUGGACUGGGGGUUGGAGAUGUGAGAGGAUGUGUGUUGCAGAAUUGAUAUUCCGCAACACAAACAAUCGGGAAAGUCUUAGUUGCUAGACAUUUUGGGAACAUGUAGAGAAACUUAAAUAGCCUUCUAAGGAAAACAGUGAGCGUUGAAAAGCUUUAGUGAAGGACAUGAGGAUAUAGAAACAUGUUGAUUUUCAGCUUUUCGCCUUGUAUAUAACGUAGCAGGCCUUUAGAGGCUUUACCACGAUAACUAUUAUUUAUGACUAAAUGCACUACAGAACACAGAUCACUCGUCGUGAAGAACCCACAAUAUAAUGUCCACUUCGAAUCCUUUCUGUGGAAAACCAGUCGUUUUUGUUUUUGAUCUUUUUGCAUGAACGGAUGUAAAUGUUCUUUUCCUCGUGUAAAUGUCUUUGUCUUCAUAAAAUGACUGUACCCUGACAGGUGACGCUAAAGAGUCUGCCAUUUUAAUAUGAAAAAACCUUUAUGAACAACUUGUGAACAUUUCUUAUUUUGUCAGUCCUCCCAUCUGUAAUCCAUCACUUUGAGCAAAAAUUUCUUUUUUGAUCUGGAACUGAAUAAAGCAAGCAUGAAUGAGCAAAAGAGACAAAAAUCCAACCGAUACCGUGACGGCAACCAAAGGAUCACGCCGCCCCUCGUGAGCAAAUAACGCAGACAGUUUGGGGUUUUUAUCAGUACGUUCCGAGUUGCUUGAACAUAUCCUUGUCAUCGCUUCGUGUAAAUAGAUGUAAAAAUGGAGAAACACGUAGUUUGUUUACUUUGUUUUCGUUUGUGUUCGUUACCUCAUUUCAUCAACAGUCUCCGUGUUACUUUCAAACCCAAGAGACCCGUUUAAUUAUUUAUGAAUAUGAGAUCUCUCACGCUACUUGGGUUUUGCAUUUGUUCCUUUAAUUCAGUCCAUUGGCAUCACAACUAUCAUUCUGAUUCGAAUUAUUGGUGUUGUGUUUCUAAUUAUUGUUGUUGUUAUUAUAUUGAGUUUGUGUCAGCUGUACAGUACUGUGUUGAAAAAUUAUACCUGAUGCAGAGUCUUAUACUGUAAUGUCUCUUUUCAAUAAAAAGCUUCUUAAUAUAA